AACUCCAAACCCAUCACUUCUCUUUACUCUGUUAUUCCGUAAUUAAGGAUUUAAACCCCCCCAUUAAUUAUGCUUACUGCUCAUAUGGCUUCUCCUUCUUCCACGACAAAAUCUCAUUAUUCCCUAGCCUCUUUCGCCAUCACUUCUCCACGCUUGCAGUGCCGCCGCCGGCCGCUCACAUUCAGGGCCCACGGCAAAUUCCCCGACGAAGGGAGCAGCGGCUGGCCGAGUGACGACGGAGUGGAUGCGAAUUUGGGCGUCCUGAGGGAUAGGAUAGAGGCGGUUCAGAUCAAGGAGCGGCUUCAGCUGACGUGUUCCGCCGUUCUCCGAUCGGCGUCGUUGCGAAUGAUGACGAGGCCGCCGCCGCAGCAAUCCACGUCGUCAACAUGCAGCCGUGUUGAUCACGGACGUAAUAUUAAUUACGGAUGGAAUUAUGGUGGUGAUCAUGAACAGCUUGUUAACAGAUCGCGGCGGCGGCGGCGGCAGCAACGGUCGACUCAAGAAUUGGCCUACCAAUUUUGCCGGCUGGUAGCGUUGGUUUCUUCCACCAUUGGAGUGACCUGCCUUUCCGGGACUUGUCUGCUUUACCUCGUUUCAAUCCUCGCUCAUCAUUUCAGCCAUUAAUAUGUACUGAUUUUUUUUUUUUUUUUUACCUCCCAUACUUCGAUCCUUCUUCUUCUUUUUUUUUUUUUUUUGAAAAUCUUUUCAACCUUUUUAAGAUUGUUGUUUAUUUCUAAGUAAUUAUUGUAAUUGCGUGGGUAUUUAAUCUAGGGCGGAGUCAGGAUUCGAGCUUUGGGGGGCCGAAAUGUUUAUUCGUAUUGCCUAAGAGGCAAAAAAAAAAAAAAACACAAAAGUAUAAUUCCAACUUUAAAAAGAGUACUUUUAAUCAUCAAAAUUGCCCAAGACACUUUUUUAAGACAAUUAGACUUACUUCAAACACGAUUUAAGACGAAUAAAUUAUCAUGUCAUUU